UUUUCAGAUAUCGAUGUUUUCGCCUAAAAGGAAACGGUUUCGAUAUGAAAGCGAAGACGAUGCUCAAGAUAUAACAAUGAGAUCAGAUCGGACCAUGGAUUUUGAAGACGAGCAUGAAGAUUACGAAGAUAGCGAGGAUCUUUCACAAAGCAAAGAGGGACUAAUUCCACCGCACUUGAUGUUGGAACAUGUUGAGAGUUUUCACAACUUUGUGAAAGAACGAAAUAAGCUGUCAGUACCUUGGUCGCGGAUGAAAACGUUAUUUGACGAAUGGCUAGUGCAACGAAAACGGGAAACCGCUAUUCCUGAUUCGGACCAUUUAUUGAAGUCCCUGAAAAAAUAUCUGGCAGCAUCGCUGAAAAUAAAUCAGAUGUCUAUGGAGACUUGCUUUAGAAAUGUCCAGGAUUACUUGGACCGGCCCGAAAGUGUCCUUAUGUGUGCAGAUUUUCCUGCAAAACCGCCUGCUUUGCACUUCUUCUAUGCGAGAAAGCAUGGAUUAAAUUUAGCUCCAGGAAAGACAAAGGAACUGGCGGAUCGAAUGAAGGGGGAUCCUGCUGGGCGACGGCAGUGUGAAGAGGAAUUGGCUGAAAUCGAGAAAACUUUCGUGGAGAAAUUGGAAGAGUUUCUAAGCAAUAAUAGCGCUACCUUGCGGCCGAAGCAACGAGAAUAUGUUGAACACAAAAUCAAGCUCACGCGGAAGAAGCUUUAUCCAACGCAACGGACUAUCAAGGCGAAAGCCUCUAAACCUACAAACGGUGCGACUAGAAGCACGAUGACAGCAUUUGAUUUAUUCUGCCAAACUAAAAAAGACAAGUACACUGAUUUACCUGAAGAACAACGAUUGAAGAAACUUCAGAAAAAGUUUAAUAAAUUACCCGAAGACAAGAAGGAAAUUUUCGAGAAACUCGCAUUAGUUAAGUGAUUCGUUACACGUCUCUAUGUUUGUUAUGUACAGUUAGAACAUAUGCAUUAAUUGUUGUCUUGUUGAUUGUAUUAUAUUGAUUGGCGUGAAUUAUGGUUUUUCUUAUGUUCUUCCAAUGUUCAAAUAUGUUUUGUACCUCACUACUACGUUAAUUUUGGAUGACUCAAUGUCAAGAGGUUGAGUCGAUCUCUGUUAUCGUUCUCAAGAGUUGUUCUUAUCCAACAAGCAUAUAGUUACCUGUUUUAGUUCAUGCGCUAGCUUACUGUUACAGAAAUAUUGUUGUUACAUUUCCAUCACUGCAUCAUAUUG